CACCCUCUUCAGUCGCGCCUAGAAUACCGUGGACAGAAGAUCGAAAUCACAUUUCUAAAUUAGUGACAAGUAAUUACAUUAAAAAAAAUCGCUACCUCGUCAAUUAAAUACAAACUGUUUCUUAAAGUAAAAAUAAAUUCUAAUAUCUGGAAUUUGAUUUCGAAAAAAAGGCACGACACAAAGUUGUGUAAUUUGACUUAUCGAGUAAAAUCUACGCCCAUCAAAAUCUUUAAAAUGAAUUCAAAAAUAAUUGCAAUUUUCUUUUUCUUCGCUUUGACUACGUUGACGAACUCGCAAACGGCGCAAGAAAUCGAUGACCUUCUGAAGGAUGAAGUUUAUGUUCAAAGUCAGAUCGACUGCGUCUUGAAUCGCAGGACCUGUGACAAGAUGGGCAAUGAAAUUAAAGCCUUGAUUCCAGAAGCUAUAAAAAACAACUGUCGCCGUUGCACUCCAACGCAAGCCAUGCAGUCUAAGAAAAUCAUUACACAUAUGCAGAAACAUUAUCCACGGGAAUUCCGUCAGGUUAUCCAAUCUUAUAUUGCGCGGCAUUGAAUGAUCAGUAAUACGAAAAAUGCAGAACAAAAAUUUAAAAAAAAAUGGCGACAAAAAAUGUUUUUGAACUGUACUCAAUAGACGA